AUGCGCUCCCCCGCCCUACCCCACAAGCCUGAUCUGCCCUCUGAAAAUGGAAGUGUCCAAGUUGGAGAAUUGUUACCUUGCAAGAUUUGUGGAAGAACAUUCUUUCCAGUGGCAUUGAAAAAACAUGGACCUAUUUGCCAGAAAACUGCCACUAAAAAACGGAAGACUUUUGAUUCAAGCAGACAAAGAGCUGAAGGAACUGAUAUUCCAACAGUAAAACCUCUUAAACCUAGGCCUGAACCACCAAAGAAGCCAUCUAACUGGAGAAGAAAGCAUGAAGAGUUCAUUGCCACAAUAAGAGCGGCUAAAGGCCUUGGUCAAGUGCUGAAAGAGGGUGGCAAACUUCCCCCACCUCCUCCACCGUCCUAUGAUCCUGACUAUAUUCAGUGUCCAUAUUGCCAGAGAAGAUUUAAUGAAAAUGCAGCUGAUAGACAUAUAAAUUUCUGUAAAGAACAGGCAGCACGUAUUAGUAAUAAAGGCAAAUUUUCUACUGAUACCAAAGGAAAAUCAACUUCUCGGACACAGUAUAAGCCGCCUGCACUUAAAAAGUUAAAUUCUCCUGGGACCACCUCAUCAGGAUCAUCACGAUUACCACAGCCAAGUGGCACUAGCAAAACUGUUGUGGGUGCUCCCUCAGCUAAAGUAUCUUCAGUUGGCAGCUCUUCGGGAAACAAACUUCAGACCUUGUCUCCCUCCCAUAAAGGGAUAGCAGUCCCUCAUGUAGGGACUAACAUCAAACCUCGAAAUUCCACACCACCUAGUUUGGCCCGAAAUCCUGCCUCAGGUGUGCUUACAAGCAAAAGAAAAACAUAUAGUGAUAGCUACAUGGCCAGGCCAGAUGGAGACUACAUCUCUUCAUUUAAUGGUGGAAACACUAAAGGCAUUGAAGGAAAUUCAGCGGGACACUUACCAAAAUUCUGCCAUGAAUGUGGGACUAAAUACCCUGUAGAAUGGGCAAAGUUCUGCUGUGAAUGUGGCGUUCGAAGAAUGGUUCUGUGA